ACAAACGAACGGACAGGAUGGCGGCAUGUGGCACCGGCGAGUUCACAUCAACGUACCAAACUUCCUCAAACCGGUCUCAGCCUCCAACCAGGCUACCACUCCAAACACUCGCCCUUCUCUCAUGGCGCCGCCUCUCGCCGCCGCCAUCCACCGCCUUCCCCUUUCCAACCUCCGCCACCUCCUGUCGUCCCACCACCUACGCCUCUGCUCCUCCCACUCCCCCUCCGACCAAAGCGACUUCGAGCCAGACCCCGACCACCCCCUCCCACUGCCUGCCGCCACCGACGACGACGGCGAGCUCGCCUCCUUCGUCCAACGCAUCUCCAGCGCGGCCUCCUCCGCUUCCUCCCCGAAGGACGCGCUCUCUCUCCUCCUUUCCAACUCUCCUACCACGGGCUCAUCGCCAGCCCCAGCAUCCCCCGCUCUCCUCGUCCGCACGGUCUGGGAGCUGCGCUGCGACCCGGACGCCGCCGCGCUCGCGGUUCGCUACGGAGACGAGUGCGGCGCCGUGGCUGGGGCCGAUGGGGCGGGCGCAGGGCCGCCGGCGGCCGAGGCGUGGCACCUGGCCGUGUGGGCCGCGGGAAAGGCGCGGCGGUUCGACCUCGCGUGGGCGGUCGUGCGGCGCAUGCGGCGCCGCGGGGUGCUCACUCGCCGCGCCAUGGUCAUCCUGAUGGAGAGGUGCGGUCUCUUGAACGGAAUAUGUCUUCAUUUUGUGGCUUCUGCAUUGUAUGCAGCUGCCAAUGAAGUGAAUAAAGCAAUCAAAACAUUUGAUGUGAUGGAGAAGUUUAAAGUCGAAGUAGAUCCAACUGCAUUUUACUCCCUUCUCCGUGCUCUUUGCAAAAGCAAAAACAUAGAGGAUGCUGAGGAGUUGCUUCUUCUGAGAAAGAAAUUCUUCCCACUUACUGCAGAAGGUUUCAAUAUAAUUCUAGAUGGUUGGUGUAAUGUGAUCACUGAUGUGGCUGAAGCAAAGAGAGUUUGGAGAGAAAUGUCCAAUUACUGUAUUACUCCUGAUAAUAUAUCCUAUACUCUCAUGGUCAGUUGUUUCUCAAAAGUAGGAAACCUUUUUGAUACAUUGAGGAUUUAUGAUGAAAUGAAAAGGAGGGGCUGGACUCCUGGUAUAGGUGUUUACAAUUCACUUGUCUAUGUUCUGACAAGAGAGAAUUGCAUGAAGGAUGCACAAAAUAUAUUCAGCAAACUUAUAGAUGAAGGUAUCCAACCGGAUGUUGAAACAUACAAUAGUAUGAUAGUUCCACUUUGUGAAAGUUCUAAGCUUGAUGAAGCACGAAUGGUGAUGGAAAGCAUGAUACAUAAGGGCAUUGUUCCAACCAUUUCGACGUACCAUGCAUUUUUGAAGCAAGAAGGCAUUGACGAAUCACUGAAGCUCUUGCAAAAAAUGAAGGAAGAUGGUUGUGGCCCUAAGGGUGAUACAUUUCUCAUGCUUAUAGAUAAAUUUUUUCUACUGAACGAGUCUAGAAAUGCUCUCAGAGUAUGGAAUGAAAUGAGAAAAUAUGACAUUAACCCUGCUUGUUCACACUAUAUGACCGUGGUCCAAGGUUUAGUAAAGCAUGGAUGUAUACCAAGAGCUUUAGAGUACUAUGAUGAAAUGAAAGAAAAGGGUUUUGCUUCUGAUACACAACUUGACAAGGAAUUCGAAACCUUUCUUUUGGCCAACAGAGACCACUGGAGAGGACCUGGCAAAUACAAUAUCAUUCCCCAACGGAGCAAACAUUUUACAAUGCGGUCAAGAAUGCAAUAACAAAUGUGUUCAAUCGAAUUUAGUUAUACUGUGUUUUCUGAUAUGGGGGACUUAAUUACAACAAAGUAGAAUUUUGACCAGUGUGAGGUACGUUUAUUUGACCUGUGCUUGAACCCUGACUAUUGCGCAUAUAUUAAUGUUUGUGUGAAUCUAACACAGCAUUUGCUUGUGUUGCUGCUUCUGGAAUAAUAUUACCUUUGAACUUA